AUGGCUUCCACAAGACUGCAGAUUUUUGCACUCUUUUUGUCCUUAUUUGCUUUCCUAGGAGCAGUUGCAACCACAGCGCUUCCAAACUGGAAGGUUAAUACCUUUGAAAAAUCAAAUGUAAUCUCUACGACAACACAGAUGCAAGGUCUGUGGAUGGACUGCACAUGGUAUAGUACAGGGCUCUUCAGCUGCAGGUUUAACUUCUCCAUCUUAGACCAGCCAGUGUACAUGCAUGCCUGCCAGAUUUUGAUGCUUCUGUCAUGUAUUAUAUCAUUGGUGGGAAUUGGGAUUUCCCUGCCUGGUAUGACGUGUAUAAGAUGCAGAAGACAUCAAGGCUCAAAACGUUGUGCUGCCGUAACAGGAGGGGUCUGUUUCAUUACUGCGGGUAUAACGUGUUUAGUUUCAGUGUCUUGGUUCACAGCUGAGCUCAUAAGCCACUACUUCAAACCAUCUGUCUCAGAAGAAAACAGAUAUGAAAUAGGAGGAGCAAUAUACUCUGGAUGUAUUUCUGCAGGGUUCCUAUUUAUUGCAGGUGCAAUUUUCUGCACAUCGUGCAGAAAGCCACAAAGAGAAAAUGUUGAAUACUCAAACAGACUGCACUACCCCAAACACCAAUCUUUGGGAGAUGAGGCAGGCUAUUCUCUUCGACAUGAUGUGUAA